AUGCUCUCUGUUUUGGUGGUUUUGUUGCUGUCAGAAUACGCUCUGGGACAUGAAGUUUGGUUUUCGGAAACAUUUCCUAAUGAAUCUAUUGAGAAUUGGGUGCAAUCAACAUAUAAUGCCGAGAAGCAAGGAGAAUUCAAAGUAGAAGCUGGGAAAUCUCCAGUUGACCCAAUUGAGGAUUUGGGCUUGAAAACAACUCAAGAUGCCAGAUUUUAUGGUAUUGCACGUAAGAUCUCUGAACCGUUCAGCAACCGUGACAAAACAAUGGUUCUCCAAUUUACUGUCAAGUUUGAUAAAACUGUCAGCUGCGGAGGAGCUUAUAUUAAACUUCUUGGUUCAGAUAUUGAUCCUAAAAACUUUCAUGGCGAAACGCCUUACAAGAUCAUGUUUGGUCCUGAUAUUUGCGGCAUGGCCACAAAGAAAAUCCAUGUUAUUUUCAACUAUAAAGGAAAAAAUCACCUGAUUAAAAAAGAAAUACCCUGCAAAGAUGACCAAAAAACUCAUAUGUACACACUAAUUGUGAAUCCAAACAACAAAUACGAAGUUUUAGUUGAUAACGAAAAAGUGGAAGAAGGUUCAUUAGAAGAUGAUUGGGAUAUGCUUCCACCCAAAAAGAUUGACGACCCAAAUGAUAAGAAGCCUGAUGACUGGGUUGACGAGCAAUUUAUCGAUGAUCCGGAUGACAAGAAACCUGAUAAUUGGGAUCAGCCUAAAACGAUACCUGAUAUGGAUGCCAAAAAGCCAGAUGAUUGGGAUGAUGCUAUGGAUGGUGAGUGGGAACGUCCCCAAAAAGACAAUCCUGAAUAUAAAGGUGAAUGGACACCAAGACGUAUCGAUAAUCCAAAAUACAAAGGAGAAUGGAAACCCAUACAGAUUGACAAUCCAGAAUACAAACAUGAUCCUGAAUUGUAUAUUCUGAACGACAUUGGUUAUGUCGGCUUUGAUCUGUGGCAAGUCGAUUCAGGAUCAAUCUUCGACAACAUUUUAAUUACUGACAGUCCGGAUUUCGCUAAGCAAGAAGGCGAGCGACUUUGGCGAAAACGAUACGAUGCUGAAGUUGCUAAGGAACAGUCAAGUGCGAAAGGUGACAAUAAAGAGGAGGCUGA